GGUUACGAUUCAACUUCACAAAAAUUGGCAAGCAAAGCAUACAACUCUUUGACUUCACAAAAAUCGCCGGGCUCAGUUGGGCUGCGGCCUGCUUCCACCGAACGGGCCGUGUAAUUGGGCUGCGGCCUGCUUACACCAAACGGGCCAUGGAACUACUUUAAGGGAAGCUCGGUCAGUCAAAGCCCCCCCGAAGUUCCCGCGCUAGCUCGCUCGCGGAUCCAGAUAAGUGGGACCAUUAACUGCUGUCACUCACUCACUCCUUCUUCCUCACUCGAUCGCAUGCAACACAGCUCCACUGGUUCCACUCUAGAUCAGAACUGUACUGCUUGCGUCCAUGGCGGUGCACGGGAGAACGGCGACGAGCUACGCGGGGCAGCUGGCGGGGCGGGUGUCGAGCCUGGUGGCCCGCUGCUCCCGCGCCACGCGCCGCCUCCUCCGCCGCAACCGCCUCCGCACCGCCUACGGCAGCAGCAGGAGGUCCUCGACGGCGACUACGGCAGCAAGCGUGGCGCCGCGGCCGGCGGCGGCCAUGGACACCGGCGGCAAGAAGGGCAACUUCGUCGACGUGGACGACGGCGAGGGGAUCUGGCGGCGGGCGAUCCUGAUGGGUGGCCGGUGUCAGCCGCUGGACUUCGCCGGGGCGAUCCACUACGACAGCUUCGGCCGCCGCCUCGACCGCCCGCCGACGACGCCCCGGUCGGCGUCCUCGCUCUCCUGCCGAUCCUCCGACAGCCUCGCCACAUACCUCGACACCCCCCAGCUCUGAUAAUGGACGCCUCUGCUGCUGCAUUUUUGUUUCUUCUUCUUCUUCUAGCUUCAGCUGAUCGAUCAGAUUCUGUCGCGUGA